AUGAUGCCUGAAAAUCACCACCCUGAAGAAUAUAGAAUUGCAUCACUGGUCUUCUACAGCUUUGUACUGACAGUAGGAUUGUUGGUGAAUGCCACUGCACUAUGGGUUUUCAGCUGCACUACCAAGAAGAGAACAACUAUAACUGUAUAUAUGAUGAAUGUGGCAUUACUUGACAUAAUUUUUAUCUUUUCCCUGCCUUUCCGGAUAAUCUACUAUGGGAAAGAAAUGUGGCCUUUUGGAGAUAUAUUCUGUCGGAUUAUCAGUGCUUUCACUAUAUUUUAUCCAGCCAUUGCUCUCUGGUUGCUCACUUUUAUAAGUGCAGACAGAUUUAUGGCUAUUGUCCAGCCCAAACAUGUCAAAGAACUAAAAAAUACAAAAAAAGCUGUGCUGGCUUGCACUGGAAUUUGGGUAAUGACCCUUGCAACAACAUCCCCAUUGCUGUUUUUACGAUCUGAUCCAGACAAAGCCCUGAAUUUCACCACAUGCAUGAAAAUGCUUGAUAUCAUCCAUUUAAAAGAAGUAAAUACAUUGAACUUUUCUCGCUUGAUUUUUUUCUUUUUGAUUCCCUUGUUUAUCAUGAUAGGGUGUUACCUCGUCAUUAUUUACAGCUUUAUCCAUGGCAAAACUUCCAAACUGAAGCCUAAGGCCAAGGAGAGAUCCAUAAGAAUUAUAGUCACUCUGAUUGCUCAAGUACUCAUCUGCUUUGUACCCUUCCAUACUUGCUUCGCCUUCCUGAUGUUGCAGAAUGGAAAUACAACUUACAGUUCCUGGGCAGCCUUCACCACCUUUCUCAUGAAUCUGAGUACAUGCUUGGAUGUUAUACUCUACUAUAUUGUUUCUAAACAAUUUCAGGCAAGAGUCAUCAGUGUCAUCCUCUAUCGCAACUACCUUCGAAGCGUGCGCAGGAAAAGCUUUCGAACUGGAAGUGUAAGGUCACUCAGUAAUAUGAACGGUGAAAUGAUAUAA